ACUUUUAUGAGUUAUAAUUAGUAAUAAACUUAUAAGCGGUAUCCACUCGAUCCAACCCAACCCGCUAGGAAAACAAAUAUAAAACUGAAAAACUAUAUUUGACUCGUUUAACAAGCGUCGAUUAUAAGUUGAUCAAAAAGGGUCGAAUUAACGGAUUUUUAUCCAUCCGCAGCCCCAGCCCCAUAUCCCGUAUCCCACUGCUGCCCCACCCCCGCGCCCGCUCACUCUCUCGGAGCUCUCCCUCGGAGAGGAGCCAUACGCUUGAGAAUGUACAAAUCGAAGCUUCAAGAGCUGUGCCAUCGAUUCUCAUGGCAGCUGCCGGAGUAUUCCUACGAGAAAGAAGGCCCAAACCACAACCCUCAUUUCACCGCUUCUGUCACUGUCAAUGGCCGCUCCUUUCGCACUCCCGACCACUACAGUUCCUCCAAACUAGCCCAAAACGAAGUCGCCAAGCUCGCCAUCCUUCACCUCACUGAUCCCCAACCUUCCCUCCCCCCAGCUACUCCUUCCACUGUCUCAGCUCCCUCUGCAUCUUCUGGUCAUUUAAGUGCAGGUACUGGUUCCGAAGGUACAUUGCCCAUUAGGGGGACAUUUCAGCCAAAGAUACCAGAAACUUUGCAAAAUCCUCAGACAAAUGGAACUACCUCUGCUGUUGGUGAUGAUAAGAGGUCAAUAGCGCUUACCGAUGUGCAUAUGUACAAGAACAAGCUGCAAAACUAUGCUCAAAAGAGAAAUCUUACUCUGCCUAUUUAUUCUUGUGAACACAAGGGCCCUCCUCAUGAUAGCCGUUUCAAGUGUAAGGUCACAGUUGAUGGACAAACCUUUGAGAGUCCUGACUUUUUUCACACAGUAAAGGAGGCUAAGCAUGCAGCAGCAAAAGUUGCUUUAAUGUCAUUGUCUACAGAUGGAAUCCAAGAGGAUGAUUCUGGCUUCUACAAGAAUCUUUUACAAGGAUUGGCUCAGAAAGAAGGUUUUGUUUUACCAAUAUAUGAUACAAACAUAUCUGGUUUGUCUCAUAAGCCAACCUUUGUUUCAACCGUGAAAAUUGGAGGAGAAAUUUUUCAAGGACAAGAAGCCAAAACUAAGAAACAGGCAGAAGUGAGUGCAGCAAAGGUUGCAUAUACUACUCUUACAGAGCGUAAACCUUCGAGCCCUAAAUUUGCUCCCUGUAGUUGCAUAGAAGCGGGACCUUCUUCUAGCUCAAUGUCGAUUUCUGAUUUGGAAGAGAAUGUCAGGCAUAUAGCUAUUGAGGAACAAUAUGAUGAUUAUAGAGGUUGUGUUGCUGACAUGUCUAUUUCAAACGAGACCAAAAAUGCGUAGAACAGAGUGAAAAGCAUGUGAAAGUUUGUCUGCUGUGCAUAAUUCCUAGACAGCAAAGUGGUAGGUGCUGCAAACUCUGUAGCUGCCAUCAAUGUCUUCAAAAGAGUGUCUUUCAAAACCAUCCUUUGUUGGCUCAUCAUGCUCAUCUUAGAUGCCCAAGGAAGUAACCUUAUGCUGGGGGCUAUGUUUUUAUGUUUCAGUCUUUAAGAGAAUGACAGGCAAGAAGGGUUGUUGCAGAUGUUAUGGUUGCCUCAACUCCACUGGGGUUUUUUUUUCCCUCACAUUUGGGAGCCUGAACUUUGGGUUUUGCUUUAAUUUUUGCAGUGAUUUGGCAAAGCACUACAUGAAAUUAUAUUUUCUUCUAAAUUUAAAUAUUCAAAUCCAAGACUUGAAAUUUGUGCUCCCAAAUAUUACUUGAAUAUUUCCAAACAGUGACUUUGUGUGGUCAGUGGACAUCACAAAAUUCUCAACAUUUUUUUUUUUUUCAAAAAAAAAAAAAAGGGAGUUUUUGUUAUAAUGCAAAGAGUUUUUGUAAUAUUUUUUUUGUGAAUUUAUCUUGUCUUUUUUAACUUAUUAGCUACUUAGUAUUUAAAAAUCUUGUAUAUUAGGCUGAAUGAUCAUUUCCUCUUUACUAUUA